AUGGAGAAUUUCAAAGCGAUCAUUGAGCGGCGCUCUCCAUUUUCGAUCAAAUUACUCGACCGCAGGUACGUUUCGAUCCAUCUCGACCGUAUCAAAAGGUUACUAAGUAGAGAAGAUGCUGUUGCCAGCCGCCUGGACAUAAGAUCUUACAGGCAGUACGUAGAUGAGUUGGAAUAUAACUGGGACGACGAUAUUCACAUGGGCUGUUGCGUGUUGCGGAAAGAUGACUUGGCAGAAAAACCAAUAGCCGUGGCCAUCGCUUCUGCAAGGGAAUACAGGGAGGAUGUUAGGAGGCCGACGGAACUCAAUUGGCGAAGAACCGAAGCCUACAGGAACGAGGAACAACAAUGGUGCGUGGAUUAUUUGGUACGCGAUAGAGAGUUUAGGGGUAGGGGCGUUGGUUGCUUUGGGCUGGUUGGUUUGUUGGAGUGCUUCUGCAGUCGAUUGGAUGAUGGGAUGUUGUGGCUGGUGCUGGCAGGUGGCUUCUGCAACAGAAACGCGCUCUCUUUGUACACGGAUGUUGGGUUUCUUGUCACGUCGCUUGACUCUGACAAGAAUCCCAUCAUGUCGUUACAAGUCCAUGACAUCGGACAGAGAGCGCGCAGGAAGUUGGUAGACACCUUAACGUUAAGGCAUGGGGCGGCGGCUGCAGAACAGGGUGGUGGUGGUGGUGAGGGAGAUGGGGGUUGAUGGUGGUGGUGAUGGUAGCGAUGGUGGUGGUGAUGGUGGUGGUGAUGGUGGUGGUGAUGAUGGUAGUGGUGAUGGUGGUGGUGAUGGUGAUGGUGGUGGUGGUGGUGAUGGUGGUGAUGGUGGUCGUAAUGAUGGCGAAUACGCCGGAGUGGUGAUGGUGGUGGUGAUGGUGAUGGUGGUGGUGGUGGUGAUGGUGGUGAUGGUGGUCGUAAUGAUGGCGAAUACGCCGGAAGGUUAA